GGGUCCAGAGAGACACUUCCGCCCCUCACCAACAUGGGCGCGGGCCGGGAGUGCGCAUGACCAGCUGUCUUUGGAGAUACCCCAGUCCGGAGAGGGAGAACACGGUUGGGGGAGAUCGGCGGCUGAAGCUGCCUUGGCCGGACUUAGCACUCAGGCCUGUGAGGCAGGAGAUACGAAGACUUCCAAAGAAGGACCAAUUCCUCGGAUGUGCCCCCUCACAGAGAGAUGAAGGGGCAGCAGAAAACAGCUGAAACGGAAGAGGGGACAGUGCAAAUUCAGGAAGGCGCAGUGGCAACUGGGGAGGACCCAACCAGUGUGGCUAUCGCCAGCAUCCAGUCAGCUGCCACUUUCCCUGACCCCAACGUCAAGUACGUCUUCCGAACUGAAAAUGGGGGCCAGGUGAUGUACAGGGUGAUCCAGGUGUCUGAGGGGCAGCUGGAUGGCCAGACUGAGGGGACUGGCGCCAUCAGUGGCUACCCUGCCACUCAAUCCAUGACCCAGGCUGUGAUCCAGGGUGCGUUCACGAGUGAUGAUGCAGUUGACACAGAGGGGACAGCUGCUGAGACGCACUAUACUUACUUCCCCAGCACUGCAGUGGGAGAUGGGGCAGGGGGUACCACAUCGGGGAGUACAGCAGCUGUUGUUACCACCCAGGGCUCAGAGGCACUACUGGGGCAGGCGACCCCUCCUGGCACUGGUCAGUUCUUUGUGAUGAUGUCACCACAAGAAGUGUUGCAAGGAGGAAGCCAGCGCUCUAUUGCCCCCAGGACCCACCCUUAUUCCCCGAAGUCAGAAGCUCCCCGGACAACUCGGGAUGAGAAACGCAGGGCUCAGCAUAAUGAAGUGGAGCGCCGCCGCCGAGACAAGAUUAACAACUGGAUUGUACAACUGUCCAAGAUCAUCCCAGACUGCUCCAUGGAGAGCACCAAGUCUGGCCAGAGUAAAGGUGGAAUUCUAUCCAAAGCCUGUGAUUAUAUCCAGGAACUGCGGCAGAGUAACCACAGGUUGUCUGAAGAACUGCAGGGGCUUGACCAGCUGCAGUUGGACAAUGACGUGCUUCGACAGCAGGUGGAAGAUCUUAAAAACAAGAAUCUGCUGCUACGAGCUCAGUUGAGGCACCACGGAGUAGAGGUCGUCAUCAAGAGUGAUAGCAACUAAUUCUGGGGAUUCAGAGCCUUUGGGCCCUACAGCCCCUUUCAGAAAACUGCAGAUAGCCCAGGAGCAACAGGCUAACCCCGUGCCCUUUCCUUCACUGCCCACUUCUGGCAUGGGACUGGGGGGAGUUCAGAAGGCGUGUCUUUGAACUGAGGCCCUGUGAUAUAGCAGCCUGCAGUGGUGUGAAACACACACGUGGAUGUGUACUGACAUCCUCGCCCAACCCUACCGUGCAGCCCCUGGGCCCUUGUGCUCCUCUUGCACAAUGCAUGUGCUGUCUCCAUGCUGGACACUGGACACACUGAACUGGGGGGCUUGCCCUGUGCUUGCUUAGAGUGCUAGCAGAGGGUCUGCUGACAAGCAAAGCUCUGGCUUGACCCAGGACACUGGCGCUUCCACUGGUUCUUCCUUUCCCUGGAGCUCAGAUGUGCACCUGAGGACUCUGGGCAACAGGCUUCAGCAAGAAGUGGGGAUAGGAUGCUUAGCAGUGGCUGCUGCCCCAGGAAGAGGAGAUUGGCCGGCAAGCAGCUAAGGCCUAUGCAGAAGUCUCUGGAGCCAGGGAGAACAACAGGCAGGGCCCACUGGGGGCCUUACCCCCUUGUGGGGACGGUUCCCCCCCCCCUUUCUUUCUUUCUUUCUUUUUUUUUUUAAAGAUAAAAUAUUCAGAGCCA